GAGUGUGUACAGUAGGCGGUGCUUGAGUCAAUAAAUAGGCUUAUAAAUAGGAAAUCCUCAACUGACUGGUCGUAGACAAUACACCAUAAAGGAAUACACGGGCGGAGGACCUGUAGGAAACAUUGCAUUUUUACAACGUUGGGUCACACAGGGAUAAUAAGGAAACAGCAGAAGAAAAAGUAACUAAAAUGACAUUUUCAUCUCUCCCUCUCAGAAGAUUUGACAAAAUGUGGAAUAGGAUAUUUUUUUGUGGACUGGUUGUCUGUCUCAUCAGCCUCACUGACCAGACUCAGGGCCAGAAAACAACUUUAGUUGUUCAAGGGACAGAUUGCACACAGAUCAAAACUCUCUCCCCUCGAGCCACCAGUGGAGUGUAUGUCAUUCAGCCUGCGGGAGUCAGAUCCCCCUUUAAGGUGUAUUGUGAGAUGCUGGCUGACGGAGGCUGGACAGUCUUUCAAAGGCGCACCGGGGCAGAGGUUCUUUUCAACAGGAAGUGGGCAGUGUACAAACAAGGCUUUGGGCAUCUACGGAAGGACCACUGGCUGGGUCUGAGUAAGGUGUUUGCCCUAACAAAGGGCAGGGAGCGGAGCUCGACCAUGCGGGUCGACCUGUGGGACUUUGAAGGGGGCACUGCCUUCGCUGAGUACAGUGACUUCCGUCUGGGCACGGAGAAGGAGGCCUAUAAGCUGAAUGUUGGAGCCUACAGGGGCAACGCAGGUGAUGCCAUCCGUGGGAAAUACGCCGGCAUUGACCAGAACGGCUUUGGCUUCAGCACAACCGACAAGGACAACGACGGCUGCUCACCCUGCAUCUUUGGAGACAUCGCCGAGAACACGUGCAGCUUCUCGGAGGGAGGAGGAGGGUGGUGGUACAGUCGCUGUGGCUCUGCCAGCCUGAACGGAGACUGGCACCCCGCCGGCGAACACAUCGGCUGGGCCUCCGGCCUCCACUGGGAGACCUGGAAAGGACCUGCCCCACACUCGGCCCGAGCGAGCCGCAUGAUGAUCAAGGCUGUGUUGAGGCCACGUCUCAAUACAUCUGAAAUGGUUUCCUAGGCCUAUGUCUCCUUUGCUUUAUGACCACCGGUCUGAGCCACAUUAGUGGGCACGAGUAGAGGAAACCAUUGAAAUAACAGGAACACACACAGCUAUGUGUUCCAUGGAGUGAUGCCUGCAUAUCGCGCCAUAUUGCUUAGCUUGAAUGGUCUGUUUAUUUGGAUCUGUUGUGCAAUCAACACACUAUUUGCUUUGUUGUAUUACAUCAUGGUGCAUAAUUCAGAGCCACUUUUUUACCCUCUAAAGUCUACAAUGAGUUAUGUUUUCAGUGAAGAGAAAAUACCUUGAAGUUAUUUGUUACACUGCAACAAUUCUACAUCUAACUUCUGAAGUUUCAUCACAGUUUGACAAUUCAUAUUGUAGAAUGUUGAUAUUGCAUGCAUUUUUAAAUUAAAUACAUUUUUGAACAUUUGUUUAGCACAAACAUAUUCAAUAAUGUUCAGAGGCCAUUCAUUUGGCUUGUAUUCACACAUUCAAAGCUCUGUGUUUAUAGAGAAAUAGAAGUUGUACUAAUUGCAUAUUAAAUCAUUCAUGGUUUCUCA